UUUUCAGCUUUAUUUCUGUUCAUUUUGAUGCUCAUGGCUUACAGCUAAUGAAAACCUCUAAUGUAAUUUCUUUGUAUAUUUUAAUAAAUAUAAAUAUUGCAGUUAUCCAUGUAACUAGAAAGUACUUGUGCAAACGUUUUUCUUCCACUAAACAUUCAAAUAUGCUUACGCUGUAACUGUGAGGUUUUCCAUGUUAUCGCAAUAACAUAGCUGUUCUGUGUAAAAAAAAAUACAAAACAUUUGUUUUUAUUGGUCACUUAUUGGUUUUUAUUUGCGGUGUCAUUUUGGGUCAUUAAAUUUAUGAAUAUCCUCAAAGGACGGGUUGUGGCAGAACCCGUCCUUGCAUCGAUAAAAGCCAUUAGCAAACUGUUAAAAUCUUAAUAGAUAACCGUUUCUGUAUUCAUGAAAUAGAUGAUAUUGAACAUCUUUUCACAUUGACGCAAUUUGGCACUAUACAGAUAAAAACUGUUUUAUGAAAGUUUUUUUUUUUUUCAUGUGGCCCUCUAGGUUCUAGAGAAAAGCUGUGAAGGGCCCAUUUGGCCCCUGGGCCUUGAAUUGAACACUUUUAACCAUCGCCAUUGAAAGUAACAGAAAAUAUAUGCCUCUGUGUGAAAUACGAAGUUUUCUUUGUGAAUUGAAUUGAUAAAUCAGUUCAUUCAUUCACUCUUUUAUUGAGAUCUGUGUAAUCUUCUGUUUAUGGACCCAUUUGUUUUUGAGAUCUUAGCGAAUUUUGUGUGUGAAAGGCAUAGAAGAAAAAUGUAGUUGGUUUGGAAAAAAAAAGAUGAAUGGCAAAGAUUUGUGCACAUGAAGAAUGACAAGAACAUAUGAUUUUUCCUUAUUUAAAAAGUGACAUUUUUACUAUCUUAUUGUCACAGCAUGUCUCCAAAGGAACACAGUUAUGUGUUGAGUUAAUGAUCUGGGGAUUUUACUUUAAAUUCAGAGUUGACAAUUUGCGGACGGUCCCUAUCGUCAGUAGGCCAUCUCUAUCUUUACUGUCAAUCGGAGCGGUGUUUCCGCAGCACUGCGCACUGUAGGGUUAACUGCAUUUAACUGCAUUUUCUGCGCCACCAUGUGAGAUUUGCGGCCCUGACGGAUCGUGCUGCGGGUCAUCGGUGAGUUCGGAAGGGACGCGUCCAGCCGGGUCCACCUCCAGCAGCCGGUGCUGCAUCUACAGCAAAGGACCCGACCAUCUGCGGCGGAGCGGGGGAAGUCUGCUAAUCCGCUUAAUGCCGCACCGCACACCGGGGGCCCUGCUGCUGGAAACAAUGCGAAGAAAGGACGACUUCCUGGGCUCGGCGAGGAAUGAGAUGUAAAAUGGGACGUUGUUCGGAUCAGCUGGAGUCCAAAUAGCGGGAUCAGCCCGCCUGAAGGAAUGUUCACCCUCACAGAAGUAGCUUCUCUUAAUGACAUCCAGCCAACCUAUCGGAUUCUGAAACCAUGGUGGGAUGUCUUUAUGGAUUAUCUUGGUAUCGUCAUGCUGAUGUUGGCCAUAUUUUCUGGAACCAUGCAGCUGACGAAGGACCAGGUCGUUUGCCUUCCCAUCUUGGAGCAAGCGCAAGAUGGGUCAGGGGGCUUCUUGGAAACCCACACACCUGAGCCGAGUGAUGGUUUCUGGAACAAGGAGAAUGCAAUCGGGGAGCAAGCUGCACCUUUAAUGUCAAAACGACCUCCAAAAGGCAUUGUACCUUCAAAUCCCUUCCCACAGUCGUCUGCGUUCAUGCAGCCACCGCCUAAAGGGGUCCGAACCAAACUGGAUUUUCAGCAGUAUGUUUUUGUCAACCAAAUGUGCUACCAUGUUGCCCUUCCUUGGUACUCUAAAUAUUUCCCUUACCUUGCUUUAAUUCAUACUAUUGUAUUGAUGGUCAGCAGCAACUUCUGGUUCAAAUACCCAAAGACAAGUUCAAAAGUUGAACAUUUUGUUUCCAUACUUGGAAAAUGCUUUGAGUCACCUUGGACUACCAAAGCCCUAUCCGAGACUGCGUGCGAGGACUCUGAGGAGAAUAAGCAGAGGCUGGCUGGUGCUUCCACCCUCCUGAAACAUCUGUCCACCAGCAGCGAGGAGGGCAGUCCAAACCAGUCAGCCCCAGCAGGAAACAAAUCAGGAGUUGCCUUUUCUGCCGAAAAGCUUGUGAGUGAGGUUCCUUCCAUGACCAUUCUAGACAAGAAAGACGGUGAGCAGGCCAAAGCCCUGUUUGAGAAGGUCCGGAAAUUCCGUGCACACGUUGAAGACAGUGAUUUGAUAUACAGACUGUAUGCCAUUCAGACAGUCAUCAAAACUGUGAAAUUUAUUUUGAUCCUGUGCUACACAAUGACAUUUGUGGCAUCUAUUGACUUUGACCAUGUGUGCGAACCGGAAAUAAAGCAUUUGACGGGAUAUUCCAAGUUUCAGUGCACCCAUAACAUGGCUUUUAUGUUAAAGAAACUCCUUGUCUGUUACAUUGCACUCAUAUGUGUUUAUGGAAUUAUCUGCAUUUACACACUGUUUUGGCUCUUUCGCCGACCUCUGAAAGAGUAUUCCUUUGAGAAGGUCAGAGAGGAGAGCAGUUUCAGUGAUAUCCCUGAUGUUAAGAACGACUUUGCAUUCCUCCUCCACAUGGUUGAUCAGUAUGACCUGUUGUACUCGAAGCGCUUCGGUGUUUUUCUGUCUGAGGUGAGUGAGAACAAACUGAGAGAGAUUAGCCUUAACCAUGAGUGGACUUUUGAGAAGUUACGACAGCAUUUGACCCGCAAUCCUCAAGAUAAACUGGAGCUUCAUCUUUUCAUGCUGUCCGGAGUCCCCGAUGCUGUGUUUGAUCUUGCGGACUUAGAAAUCUUGAAAUUAGAAUUAAUUCCAGAGGCCAAGAUCACAGCUAAGAUCUCACAAAUGAUCAACCUUCAGGAGUUGCAUUUUUACCACUGUCCGGCCAAAGUUGAGCAGACGGCUUUUAUUUUCCUCUGUGAUCACCUCCGGUGCCUUCAUGUCAAGUUCACAGAUGUUGCUGAGAUUCCUAGCUGGGUGUACUUGUUGAAGAAUUUACGGGAGCUGUAUUUAGUUGGCAACCUGAACUCUGAAAACAACAAACUGAUCGGACUCGAGUCUUUGCGAGAUCUCCGGCACCUGAAGAUUUUGCACCUUAAAAGCAAUCUGACAAAGAUCCCGACAAACAUUACGGACCUUUCUCCACACCUGGUUAGAUUAGUCAUUCACAAUGAUGGCACGAAGCUCUUAGUGCUGAAUACUUUAAAGAAAAUGAUUAAUCUUGCAGAGCUCGAGUUGCAUAACUGUGAGCUGGAGCGCAUACCCCAUGCCAUCUUCAGUCUGAACAACCUUCAGGAACUUGAUCUAAAAUCGAACAACAUCCGCACUAUUGAAGAAGUCAUCAGCUUCCAGCACCUCAAAAGACUAACUUGUCUCAAACUGUGGUACAACAAAAUCAUCAGUAUUCCACUGUCAAUUAGUCAUGUGAAAAACCUGGAGUCUCUCUAUCUGUCACACAACAAACUAGAGUCUCUGCCCUCGCCGUUGUUCACUCUCCUCAAGUUAAGGUACCUCGACCUUAGUCAUAAUUCCGUGGCGGUAAUCCCACCGGAGGUUGGCUUCCUGCAAAACCUCCAACAUUUUGCCAUUACAGGAAACAAAGUCGAGGUAGUCCCCAAGCAGCUGUUCAAGUGCGUCAAGUUAAGGACAUUAUGUCUCGGCCACAACUGCAUCACCUCCAUCCCAGAGAAAAUUGGCCACCUCUCACAGCUCACGCACCUGGAAUUGAAGGGAAACUGCCUGGAUCGUCUACCGGUUCAGCUAGGUCACUGCAGCCUCCUCAACAGGAGCUGUCUGCUCGUAGAGGACCAUCUCUUUGACUCCCUGCCUAUUGAAGUCAAAGAGAGCAUAAAUCAGGAAGCUAGUGUUUCCUUUCCAAAUGGGUGUAAAUGUUUAAUGGAAGGGCGGUAAUUUAGUGAAAUUUUAUGUCUUUUUUCCUGUUGUUUCCAGCACACAAAAGAAAUUGUAGUUUAACCUUGAGCGCACACAACAGAUUAGCAUAGCCCAAAGCCUAUAAGUGUGGUGUUAUGAAGAUAAUUUAGUGAAAGCCCUAACAGUAUUAUGGCCUGCCUCAUGUUUGGAUAUAAUCUUCUUCUAUUUUUGUGUCUGGAUCAUGUGAAAACAUAUUGAGAAUUGAAACACGUCUUUCCUAAUCUUUUGCAUGCCAGCAUAUGCGUUGUGAAUUUAGGGAACUUUAUAACCACAACACAAAUCCCUUAAUAUCACUUGGUUUUAAUUUACAUUUUUGGUAGAUUAGCUAGUUUCCCUAAGGCAUGUUUUUUGGCAGUAUUUUUCAAAAUGUACCAGUGCACUAAAUUUCAGUGAGUACCACGUUUUGGUCAGUAAAAAAAAUUGACCUAGGGGUUUUCCUCUGCCCAUGUACUGUAUUCCACCUAAGCUUUGGUAACUUGCUAACAGUAGCUUUCUGGUUAACAUACCUCAAUCUUCUGAUGUACAUCCCUACAAAAAUGACCCGUCUUCCCAAUAUGUCAUAAAGAUUUAAUAUAUAUAUAUAUAUUUUUUUUUUCUUUAGUUCAAUUUUUUAUUAUUUUUUAACAGACCUCUCCCAUGUCUGUUAAAAAAACAGUGGAUUUAAAAGUAUAAGUA